CGUUCCCGAUCGCGGCGGCGAUUAAUAAAAAUCGCAAUCGCUACGUCCGUACACGGCGACGUACAGGAUAAAGCGAUAAAAACGCGCUGUGUGCGUGUCGCAAUUGUGAAAUUUGUCGCGCGUGUACACGCGUUUUACUCCAUACGUCUCGAACUCGAACUGCCGUGCGCCACCAUUCAAGGAAGUGCGCUUGACCAGCGUAGUUGAGCUACGUUUAGAGAGCAGCCAUCUUGCAAUCCCUAAUCAAAGUUUCACGGCUAGCGAGCAUCGCGGUGUCUGGUUUGCGGCCAGUUAAUAUCCACACACUUUCGUCAAAUGGCUUUAAAGAGAAUUAACAAGGAACUUCAGGACCUUGGUAGAGAUCCUCCAGCACAAUGUUCAGCUGGACCUGUUGGAGAUGAUUUAUUCCACUGGCAGGCAACUAUUAUGGGACCACCUGACAGUCCAUAUCAAGGAGGAGUAUUUUUCCUAACAAUACAUUUUCCAACAGAUUAUCCAUUUAAACCACCUAAAGUGGCGUUUACUACUAGAAUCUAUCAUCCUAAUAUAAACAGUAAUGGAAGUAUUUGUCUGGACAUAUUAAGAUCGCAGUGGUCUCCUGCACUCACUAUAUCAAAAGUUUUAUUGUCAAUAUGCUCUUUGCUAUGCGAUCCAAAUCCAGACGACCCGUUGGUACCAGAGAUAGCCAGGAUAUACAAAACCGAUAGGGAGAAGUAUAAUGAACUGGCACGUGAGUGGACGCGCAAGUAUGCCAUGUGAUGCGCCAAUCUUCGUUGACUACAACAUCCAAACACCACCAAGAAACAGUCCCAGCCUAUUGCCACUUACGCAUCAGCACCGAUUCAAAUUAGCUAUGGCUCGUAUACUUUUAAACUUAAGCCAGUAUUCGGGCCCGAGGAAUCCUCAGGCAAACGUGAUCGAUCUGAACUUUCCGUGACGCGGGAGGCCCACGAAUAUUAAAACGUUGCCUCAAUGGCAAUUCAGGCAAUUUUAAAGGUGGUCAUCCGUCAUUACAUAUACCGAAUCAGACGAUAAAACAUUCGCUUUGUUUUUUCACAAAUAAAAAAAAAAAAAAAAGAAGUGGAAGUAACGUAUAGGAGAGUGAAAGUAGGAUUUGUAUUUGAAUCUAGAUUAAUUUCUAAUUAAUGUGCUUAUAAUAAUUGUAAUAUUACGACACCUACUUUCUCAGUGAAAAUGAAAAGCAUUGAACUGACAGCACAUCGAUUGUUAGUUUUAACGCAAGUGAGCAAUGUUUGCCCGUCCCCUUGGAACGAAAUGGCGUCAUUCUUUUGUAAGACUGGGCUAUAUAUAUUAUAUAUAUAUAUAUAUAAAUAUUAUUGAAACGUGUAUGCUUUGUUCAAUCAUUAAAAUUCCUUACACCUAACAAAUUCUACGAGUAACUCUAAAUUUGUGCUUUUGGUUCCUGUGUGUGUGUGUGCGUGUGUAGUAAUUUAAUUAUGCAUUAUCAAUAAUGAACAGAUAAAGACCGUGAGACUAAGUAAUCGGACGUAUAUAUAUAUAAAAACACUGGAUAUGAAAAAAUGGCGUCUAAAAUAUCUGACCGCUGGCGCAUGUGUACCUGCAGUUUUCGCGGGUCUGUAGGAUUCAAUUAUGUUGUGAUUUUAAUCCGGAGUCAAACGGAUCGUUUUGUAUCACGAGUUCUUUGACUCCUUUUCGACUUUAUGCUGAUGCGGAAAAAACAUAGUCGUUGGUAUCGCUGUUUAUUGAUAAUAAAUAAUAUCAGAGGGAGCGAUUAAAUUUCCGAUUAUUUAAAUUUAUACCACGUUAUAUAUACAUAUAAAUUAGGCAAGUACAUCAACGGCGCGAGAUGAAUGCCACUGGACUUUCGAUAUUCCGCUGGCAACUCAUCUCGCAUUGUAGUGCAUGAUAAAUACGCGAUAUUAAGUUUUGUGCGUAACGUGCGAGUCAGAAAUUCGCACUAUUUUUCGUCGUUCGCGUUUCGCGACGUUUGUUUUACUCACAUCAAUACUUUUACUGUUGUUUUGCGUGCUGAUAUUUCUUUAAACAGCGAUUUUUUUUUUUUUUUUUUUUUUAAUUUAGUUUUCACGGCCAGAUGGUUUUUCUUUCAUUUAAUAAUGUAAACGCGUACAAUUGCGACACACGAUCGUAAUUUGUCCAUUCCGUGGACAAACUAUAGACUUAAAAAUGCAAUCCGUUAUUUGAACAUUGCGAUUUCAAUAUUGUAUCUCCGAUAUAUUGUGGCUGUAAAGGGUAAGAACGAUGUUAUAAUUGCAUCAUUUCUUAAAUUGAACAAAAAUAUGUUGUUAAAUUGUCUCUCAUUCAGCGAUAGUUUGUUUAAGAUUACAUGAAACUUACAUAAGUGCACUGUUUGAUGGUGCUAGGCAGUGUGUUUUUGGCUUCUAAUUAUAGAUGAAUAAAAAUCUGAUAUGUCAUACGAAAAUACGAUUACUUAAUUAGUACGUAAGCGUAACAACUUUGUCUUGUGAAUCAUGUAAAGCACGCGUUAGAGCGGAAGUAAAGUCUUGAUGUAAUCGGUGCUUAAAUAUGGCAAGCUGAUGGGGCGACGUAAAGAAACUUAUGGGAAGACAAAUCGAUUAGUAUGUAAUGCGGCGGACCGCUCUGUUUUACGCCGACCUUGUCUCAUACAAACGUGUAUUUGCUGUAAUUUAAUUACGAGUAUAAAACGCGUCGAAUUUGGGUAUAUUAAAGUUAUAGCUCUCGAGAAGAGGAAAGAAAAAAAAAAAAAAAAAUUGAUUAUUAUUCACCUCUAGUAGAAGAUGACUAUUCAUGUGUAUAAUUAAUUAUUACUCUACCGCAAUAAUAUGAACAUUUUUAAUAACUUAUCUUGUGUAUAAUACUUUAGCAUUAGCCCUUUAUAUAAUAAAGUCCACGUGAUGAUAAGGUAA